AUGAGCAUCCCACUGCUAGUACCUCAAUGGCCCGCAACAGAAAAAGAGACGAAGCCUGAAGAAGUAUCCGUAGUAGAUGAAGGAGAAACCUGGAUGACUCCCAUCACUAACUACCUAAGGUACAACACCAUUCUUGCAAAUCGAGACGAAAGUCGGAAGAUAAGGAGGCCAGCUGCCAGGUACUGCUUUUCCGAAGGAAAACUACACAGAAGAUCCUUCUCAGGACCUUACCUACGAUGUCUCACCCCUAGAGAAGCCACCAGAAUACUAGAAGAGCUCCAUGAGGGAGAGUUUGGCUCUCACUCCAGUGGCAGAAGGUCCGGAUACAACUGGCCAACCAUGGCGAGGGACGCCCUCAAACAAGCUAAACUCUGCAGCCAAUGCCAGAAGCACGCGCCACCAACCUUCCACCGGAGAACCUCAAGUCUCUGA